CGCGGCGCUGGACAGGCUGCAGUGCGUGUGCUGGGGACGGGAGGGUGACCAUGACCUCAGUGGAAGCACCACCAGUGUCACGGAACAAGUCAGCCCCGGUAGAGCGCUAACGGCCGCGGAGGAGUGGAAAAGCGAGGCUAAAGCAUCCUAAGGGAGGCAGACUGCUUUGAAGGCCGCCGUGAGCACAGGAGACAAACGCCCCCUCCUGUUUCUUCUCCUUCGCAGUGAUGGGGGAUCGUGCGCAGCCAGAUUCGGCCUCCGGCUCCCGUUUGCAAAACGGGUUUCACCCGCCACAGACCCUACAACUUAGCAACGGGGAGGUCGGCAAAAGCCAGGCCGAGUAUGUGAAUGGGCAAAUGCGAGGGCAGCCACAGACCGACCCCCUCCACAGGGGCUCCCCGGCCAAGAAAAGCAGGAUCAGGAGGAGGAUGGAUUCGGGCAGGAAGAACAGACCCCCGUUCCCAUGGUUUGGUAUGGACAUUGGAGGAACCCUGGUGAAGCUGGUUUACUUUGAACCCAAAGACAUUACUGCUGAAGAGGAACAAGAAGAGGUUGAAAACCUUAAAAGCAUACGAAAAUACUUGACAUCAAACACAGCCUACGGCAAAACUGGAAUCCGAGAUGUUCAUCUUGAAUUGAAAAACUUGACCAUGUGCAGCCGCAAAGGCAAUUUGCACUUUAUCCGCUUCCCAACAUGUGCCAUGCACAGGUUUAUACAGAUGGGCAGCGAAAAGAACUUUUCUAGCUUGCACACCACGCUAUGUGCUACCGGAGGGGGAGCUUUCAAGUUCGAAGAGGACUUUAGAAUGAUAGCGGACCUUCAGCUCCAUAAACUGGAUGAACUAGACUGUCUGAUCCAAGGAUUGCUUUACGUCGAUUCUGUAGGAUUUAACGGUGGGCCAGAAUGCUACUAUUUCGAAAAGCCAACAGAUCCAGAGCAAUGUCAGAAAAAGCCAUACUGCCUUGACAAUCCCUACCCAAUGUUGCUGGUUAACAUAGGGUCAGGUGUCAGCAUACUUGCAGUGUAUUCUAAAGACAACUAUAAAAGAGUAACUGGGACAAGUCUCGGUGGAGGAACAUUCCUUGGUCUCUGCUGUUUGUUAACUGGAUGUGAAACGUUCGAAGAGGCGCUGGAAAUGGCUGCCAAAGGAGACAGCACUAACGUUGAUAAACUGGUGAAAGAUAUCUAUGGUGGUGACUACGAAAGGUUUAGCCUUCAGGGCUCUGCGGUUGCAUCCAGCUUUGGUCACAUGAUGAGCAAAGAAAAGAGAGAUUCUAUUAGUAAGGAAGACUUGGCCCGGGCAACAUUGGUCACCAUUACAAAUAAUAUCGGAUCCAUUGCUCGUAUGUGUGCAGUCAAUGAGAAUAUUGACAGAGUAGUAUUUAUGGGAAACUUUCUCCGUAUCAACAUGGUUUCUAUGAAGCUGCUGUCCUAUGCUAUGGAUUACUGGUCAAAGGGACAAUUAAAGGCCCUUUUCUUGGAACAUGAGGGUUACUUUGGUGCUGUUGGAGCACUUUUGGAGCUACUCAAGAUGAAUGGCGAUCAGUAAAAGAAAAAAAAAAGGGGGGGUACACUAUUGAGAAUAAUUGCCUGGCUGCUGUUUGAAGAAAAAAUGUUGUUUUAACUUCUAGGAGGUACAAACUAAAGCCAUUUCAUAUAUGUGUCAUACGACUUGUAAAUAUUUAAGAUUUCUCUUAAUGGACACUGGGAAUCUGUAUAUUUUAAAAAUGUGCAACAUGGCCAAACACAUCACAGCAAUUGUUUAUUUAACGCUAAUUUAAAAUGGUAAUUCUUCAUGAACCUCCACACUCAAUUUUUUUAAACCUCUAACAAGACUUUCAAAUGUGGGAUUGCUGCUUCUUCCCUCCCGGAGGUGCGUUUGUAAAUGUAUUUCUUUUCUACACUACCUUCAGUUCUGGUAAGGACUGGAAACUGCCAUUGAGCCAUUUUGCACGAGUAACCUUUGAACCAUAGCACUGAUUGGUUCAGAAACAGGAAGUUCCAGUUCAAAGAAGAUCAUUUAUUAUAUCAAAAUGAUGACAUCAAGAUGACAAGAUGUCUUAAAACAAUUGGACAAAUGACGCCAUUGCAGCUCUAGCACACAUCGGAAGAUAUCAAAGUAGGGCUGAAAUGUGCGAGAGUAUUUGUUUCUCUCUGGUCUUGUUAUACGUGCGGGCAUUUUAUUUAUAAUUUUGGUUUAUUGUGAUUAUGCUUUUAAUAGAUUCAAGAACAAAA